GAGAGAGAGAGAGAAAGAGAGAGAGAAAUGGCGCCUCGAUGCUGCGCUCACUGAGGCAGUGUUUGGAACCGGCUAGGGAGAUUCAGUAAGGGCAGACAAAAGGAAAAAACAUGGUGAACACAAGGAAAAGCUCACGGCCGAGAAGCGGUCCCUUCAUAUCUUCGAGGACUAGGUCGUCGUCGAGAAACGAGCGAAACUCUGAGGAACAUAAGGAGCCCAGUAGUGAUGUGAGCAGUCCCAGCAGCCCGCGUUUGGCUCCCCCUUCCAAGCGGACGCGGCGGCAGACUGCCUCUGAGCCCAGCUCCAGUGAUACCUCCCCGUCCCCUCAGACCAAGAGCCAGAGGGUCAGCUGGGACAUUCCCACCUACCGCACCAGGUUGUCCUCUCGCAUUAUGCAAAAUGGGCACGCCCAUAUGAGUCACCGGACUGAGGAGCGUGGAGUAGGAGAUCACUCUCACAUGAAUGGCCAUGUGGAGCUGAAGAGGAGCUGCCGGGUGAAGAAGAGCCAAUUUGAACACCUCAAUCAAAGCCUGCUGUUUGACCAGCUGGUCAACAGGGAGGGACGGGGCCCCCUGCUCCCGGCUCGACUGUCGACCGGGCGGACUGCUCAGUGCGUCAGGAGUCUACGGCGAUAUCGGCAAACCACCCGGCCCGUCUUGAAACACGGACCCCAUCUCGUUUACCAUGCUUUCACUGCUGAGGCUGUCCUUCAGGAAAUGGACAACAUCAGCAGCAUCAGGCAGAACCGUGAGGUGGAGCGACUUCGCAUGUGGACUGGAGACACUGAGGAGGAAAACAUGGACAUGUAUUCCCGGGUGAAGCGCAGGAAAUCCAUGCGCAGGAGCACUUUCAGCAUGCCUACACACCACAAAGUCAUGAGUAAAACUGAGCAGGAGGAUGAAGAGGAGGAAGUGACUGAAGAUUCUCACGGGGAGGAAGAGGAGCAGGAUGCAGAGGAUGAAGGGGAUGAAGGGGAUGAAGCAGAAGAAGCAGGAGAGGAAAAUGACAGACGGUACAACCUGAGGCAGCGAAAGACGGUGCAGAGAUAUGAGGCACCACCUAUUGAGCCUGUGAACAGAAAACAGAGCAACCCCUCACUUUUUGACACCCACAGAUCCCCAGCAAGAAGAAGCCAUAUAAGAGUGAAGAAACAUGCCAUUCACAGCAGUGACACCACCUCGUCUUCUGAUGAAGAGCGGUUUGAGCGGAGAAAAAGCAAGAGCAUGACCCGGGCCAGGAACAGAUGUUUGCCAAUGAACCUGAACGCAGAGGAUCUGUCUAGUGGGGUGCUGCGUGAUCGGGUGAAAGUGGGUGCUAGCUUGGCUGAUGUGGAUCCCAUGAACCUUGAUAGCUCAGUGAAGUUUGACAAUGUGGGUGGCCUCCGUAAUCACAUUCAGUCCCUAAAGGAGAUGGUAGUGUUCCCACUGCUUUAUCCUGAGAUCUUUGAGAGGUUUAAGAUUCAGCCUCCCAGAGGGUGUUUGUUCUAUGGCCCUCCCGGGACAGGAAAGACUCUGGUAGCACGGGCGCUUGCCAAUGAGUGUAGCCAGGGAGACAGGAAGGUUUCCUUCUUUAUGAGGAAAGGUGCCGACUGCCUCAGCAAGUGGGUUGGUGAAUCAGAACGCCAGCUCCGCCUGCUCUUCGACCAGGCUUACCUGAUGAGGCCAUCCAUAAUAUUCUUUGAUGAGAUUGAUGGUUUGGCUCCUGUUCGCUCUAGCAGGCAAGACCAGAUACACAGUUCUAUUGUUUCCACUCUGCUGGCUUUGAUGGACGGCUUGGACAGUCGUGGGGAGAUAGUGGUCAUUGGUGCUACAAACAGACUUGACUCUAUCGACCCGGCACUCAGGAGGCCCGGACGCUUUGACCGGGAGUUUCUGUUCAACCUGCCCGACAAGAAGGCCAGAAAGCACAUCUUGGAGAUUCACACACGGGAAUGGAAUCCCAAAUUGUCUGAGCCAUUUGUAGAUGAAAUUGCAGAAAAAUGUGUCGGCUACUGCGGUGCUGACAUCAAAGCACUUUGCACAGAGACAGCCUUGGCUGCGUUGCGCCGCCGCUACCCCCAGAUCUAUGGCAGCAGCGUCAAACUGAACCUGGAUGUCAUGUCCAUCGUCCUGGGGCCCUGCGACUUCAGCAAGGCUAUCAGAACAAUCGUCCCAGCCUCCCAGAGGGCCCUGGCUCCCCCUGGCCGAGCCCUGUCCCCCACCCUCAGGCCCCUGCUGGCCAGCUCUUUCUCCUUGGUGCUGAAAGCUUUGCUCAGAGUCUUCCCCCAUGCUCAGUGUACUGAUGGGGACAACACACACGGCGGUGACAAUCAGCUGCUUGAAGAGGAUUUGUACAGCGACGAUGACAAUGAGGAACGCUCUGCUUCCAUCUAUGAAGUCCAGCCUGCUGCAUUUCCAAAGAGUCAUCUCUCCUCUUCUGCAACGCACACACCCUUCCUCCAUUUCUCCUUCUCUGCCCUCCAACAGCCCACAGCAUACCGGCCUCGGCUGAUGUUGGCCGGGCCCCCGGGCUCAGGACAGAGCUCCCACUUGGCCCCUGCCUUGCUGCACCACCUAGACAAGCUGCCGGUGCACCGCCUGGAUUUGCCAACUCUCUACUCGGUCAGCGCUAAGACGCCAGAGGAGUCCUGUGCUCAGGUUUUCCGCGAGGCCCGCCGGAGUGUGCCCAGUGUGGUGUUCAUGCCGCAUAUCUCAGAGUGGUGGGAGACAGUGAGUGACACUGUGAAGAGCACUUUCCUUACCCUGCUGCAGGACGUGCCCUCUUUCAGCCCUGUCCUUAUCCUUGCCACUGCUGAGACUCACUACUCACAGCUGUCAGACGAGGUGAGAAGUAUGUUCCAGAGGACCUACGGGGAGGUUGUUACUCUGUGCCCUCCAGGAGAAGAGGACAGGAGGAGCUUCUUCUAUGACCUGAUAUUGGUCCAAGCGGCCAGGGCUCCGCCACGCCUCAGGAAUCCAGAGAGGUGUGAAGCGGUGCUGCCAGUGGCGGAGGCUCCAGGGCCCAGAGUCCUGUCAACAGAGGAACAGCGCCGCCUGGCUGAGCAGGAGGAGAACACACUACGGGAGCUCAGGCUCUUUCUCAGGGAUGUGACCAAGCGCCUGGCCACCGACAAGCGUUUUAACAUCUUCAGCAAGCCAGUUGACAUUGAUGAGGUGUCAGACUACCUGGAGGUUAUUCUGCAGCCCAUGGACCUGUCCACUGUCAUGACCAAAAUUGACACCCACCAGUACCUGAGAGUGAAGGAUUUCCUGGGGGACGUCGACCUCAUCUGCAGUAAUGCUUUAGAGUACAAUCCUGACAAGGAUCCUGGAGACAAGGUGAUCAGGCACCGAGCAUGCAGCUUAAAGGACACAGCUCACGCAAUAUUUGCUGCCGAGCUGGACCCGGAGUUCGACCGCAUGUGCGAAGAAAUCAAGGAGGCGCGCAAGAAGAGGGACCUCCAGACGCCAGCUCAGCAGACGCCGCUGAUGGGCGCUGUGGCAACCAGAAGGCAUCACGCUGCAGCAGAGGAGCAGGCCAGGGGCAGCACUCAGGGCGAGGCCACUGACAAACAGUGCACCACUAAUCAUAUUAAGCGGAAGAUUCGCCGGAGGCCAUCUUGGGGGAGGGGCAUCAUCCGUAAGAAGAAGAGCUACAAGAAGGGAACGGAAGAAGAAGAAGAAGAAGAAGAGGAGGAGGAGGAAGAGGAGGAGGAGGAGCCCGAGGCAGAGGUGGAAGCUGCAGGGCCCAAUGACUCAUGUUUAACGCAGGAUGAGGAAUCAUCUUGUGAUACCAUGGGUCCCCAGCCCAAUGGCCACCAUCCCCAUGUCCCCUCUACAGAGGAGGAGAGCUCCAACGAGCCCCCUGUUGCAGCUGCUGCUGAACCUCCACAUGCCAGUGAAGCCCAAGAAGAGCAAACACCUAAGGAGGAGGAGCUCACAGCCAAAAAGGCAGAGCCAGAGAACACAAAGGAACACACUGAGCUGCAUUGUCUAAGUGACAGUUCUCAGGCCAAGGCAGACGGGGAUGGAGAGACUAAGCAGGCUGACUUCCAGCCGUUGAUUGAAAUGUCCGAAUCUUCAGAUGCUGAGGUCCAGCCUAAGCACACAGACGGUGUCCUAGUAUCAAAAGCGGACUGUGUGAAUGGAAACGAGUCAAUGGACAGCCUGGACUCUCAGAGCCUCAAGGGGAGCAGUGAGGCUGAGAAAAGGACUGCUCAUUGCAUGGCUGAGGGCUCUAAAGAACCAGAACAGGAAGAGCACAAAGCCGAGAAUGAGAGCAAUCCAACUCAGGAGCACCCUCCCCAGGGUGGGAGUGCAGUAACAGAAAAUGUUGAGCAAGGUACAGAAGGGGGUUCCACAGCCGAGACAUGCCAGAUGAACCUGUCAGAGCAGUUGAAGGGAUUUGCUGAAAGGACCGAAGAAGAGCCACAACCAGUCCCUCCUCAUCCUCCCUUAGUGGUUGACCACCAGCGACUUUCGGCUCUGCUGGAUAUGGUGGUGAAGAAGAGUGAGGGCUACAGCGUGGAGCAGCUGGAGAGACUGUACUCGCUUCUCAGCCAGUGUAUCUACCGGCAUCGCAGAGAGUACGAGAAGACCCAGCUACUGGAGGAGAUGGAGGAGAGAAUCCAGCAUUUUGAUACAUUCCUGUGAGAUGGAGAGGAUACCAUAUCAGCCUGGGACCACAAAGACACACACACAAACUGAGUGAGAGAGAGAGAGAGAGAGAGAGAGAGAAGGAGCUUCAGCCCUCAACACAAAACACACACACACACACACACACACACACUCACAGAAAAAUCCAGAGCCCUCUUCUUGCUGGGAGGGGAAACACAACGAGGACGACGUUGAGGACAGAGACAUUCAAUGGUGCUAUCGUCUCAGGAACCUGGCCAGAUCCAGACCCAUUCUACACAACCAAACUCCUGGAGGUGUGUCAGUCACACACACGCACACACACACCCAACGGUGACGGGCCACCCUGGUGCUACUCGGGUGCUAUCCUAACUUUCAUCCACGCUGCUCUUUGGGAUUACUUCUUAACUUGGAUGACUAGCAAAACCAACAGAUCGGGUGAUGUCAUAUCGCAACCUGGCGGUCCGCUUCUCUCCUGAGCAGGCCCUGCAUAAAACACUCGCACACACUUGCAUGUAUUUCGACAAACACACACCCAGAUCCUCACCAGCAGAAGUGUAAGUGCAGAGUGCUGCUAGGAGAUGAGUACAGAUAAUGUUCUGAAUCACUGAACCACAUUGCUGAUCCCAUCUCCGUGGAAUGCUUCGUCAUAGGUCAGUUGUUACCAUGCGCAGUUAAUUUUUUCUGUCAUUUUAGCUUCUUGAUUAAUUCAAUACCUGAGCCACCGUCAAGCAUGCUCACCCAGAACAAAAGUUUACAAAGAAGUUUUUAGUGUGAACACAAACUCGAUGAGGUUAGCACAGCAGGAAUAGAGCUGAUUGUGUCCUCUUCGUUACAGCAGCCGUCGGGUGUGGAGAGUUUGUCUCAGAGUUACUGGUGAUCAGGCGGAGCGUCACCUGUCGGUCAGCUGUACAACCACUUCGUUCAUACUCCACCUCUGGCAGUUCACACUCUCAGCAGAUUGUCAUGUCCUAAAUCGUUUGUGGUAGCUGAACCCCCUCCUCCUCCUCACUACAUCCUCAGUCUUAAUGUUUUCCCUCCCGCUCAAGCUGUGCCCGCCAGUUGAUUUUCCUACCGACGCCCCCGGCUGAGGAACUGGAAGCAGUACAAAUUGGAAUGCGUCUAGAGUUUGCACUGCCUAGCGUGUGCCUUAUUUAAAACCCUUAUAUGAAACUGAUAUAUUUAGCAGGAUUUUUUUAUUUACUUGUGACAAUGAACAAGCUCCAAUUUAGGGGUGGGUCCUAACCACUGAGGUCAUACUGACCUUGAAGCAAAAAAAAUGAUAUAUAUAUUUCAAUGCCAUUAGGACGUUUAAAACAUAUCUAGGUUAUACAUCUCCAACCUCGGCCAAAUCAACCAAUUGAAAACAUUUUAAAAUUCUGAAUACAAAAUUAGAUGUUUUAGAUAAUACUUACCUUCUGUGGCCAGAUGCAUCUGAAAUGUUUCGAUAUUUUAAUGUAUUCAUGCGCUGUUGAAAGCCAGUUUUCCAUAUGCAAAAAAAAUAAUUAUGAGUCAAAUGAUUUAGCGUGCCAAGUGUUAUCCCACUCACUAAACAAAGGUGCUGACAUACAUUCACAGGAAUUUUGUUAACGAUGAAAAUGUUCUAUUAGAUGGUCAUAACAACCUAUGUGUUAUGUUGUGUAUUUGAUUAAUCUUUUUUUUACUUUUUUUUAUAAAAUGCUUUGCUUGAGUUGAGAUUUUGAAUGGGUUGUGAAUCCAUAAUGAACAAGGCCAUUCUAGGCAGUGCCCGUCACUAAGGUGUAUAAAGCAUUACAUGAUUAUUUUUUUCCUCCUUUCAAAUGUGUGUGUGUGUGUGUGUAGCGACUUUAUGGACAUUUCCUUUUUUUUUUUCAUCUGUUUUUCUCGACACCAGACAAGAGAAGCUUUAUUCUCAUCUGUGGCCAACACAGUAAAUGUUUUUUCUGACUGCAGUAAAUGAAGGUUUUUACUGAAGCUUUAUAAAGUUCUCAUGGCAUUGUCAUGGUUUUGGAGAUGCCAUAUUUUUGAGCAGGUGUAGACUGGAGAAGGCCCCCUUCUUUCACUCCGGUCCAAUCCUCAAACCUCUGACCCCGGCUCACCUCUGCCUUUUCUCAGAUUCUAGGUGACACAAGCAAAGACCAUAUGCAAACUGGCAAUGACAGGUUAGCACUUGGACUACUGCAGAGAGAAAAACCAACGCUACCUCAGCUUAAUUUAUUUUAAUGCGAAAACAGUUUACUGGGUACAAAAUCAGUAUUCCCCCCCCCCCCCCCCCCUCCCUCGAAAUACUGUUGCAACAUCUCCAGUACCAUCAAAGGUACCAGAUCAGUGAAACCACUGCAGUAAUCCAAGAGUUGUUUAUAUCUCUCAGAUUGUUAUGUAUGUUUGCAUUUGAGCCACAUGAUGAUUGCAUACAUUUAAGCAUUUUCAUGGACUGUAUAUUUUAUGCUUUAGUUUCAGGUUCUCCUGUACCUAGACUCUGAGGAGGGAUAUCUUAGCUCCUUUCAUAUGAUCACCCCCCAUACCUUUCAGAAGCUACAGAGAGCACUUUUCUGCCUCUCGACACAACCAUCACCUUUAAUUUAAAUUCAGCUUCUUUCUUUGCAGAUUUUCAUCUCAUGAUUCUGAUUAUUUAUUAUUAAACACGUUUUGCAACAAA